GAGAAGCUAAGAGAGUGUUUGAUGAUUUAAGAGACUAAUGCUUUGCUACUUUAUAUUAGCAAAAGAAACAGAAAUUCCUUAAAUGUAUAGCGCUAUAUACCUGAAACUUUAACAAGCAGAGCAAAACUGAAGAUUUUUUUUUUUCAAUUUCAAGUUAGCAUUUGUGAAACCACUGAGAUCCAAAUAUUUCAAGAAAGACAUUACAGAAAGGCUUGGCAAAUUUUUUUUGGGGUGGUAUCUUUACACUGGUGUAUUAACAAGGAUUUACUUAAAGGACUCUCUAGAAGAGGACAACUAGACUCCAUACCACACGGUCACCAUGAGUAUGACUGGCACCCUAGAGAAGGGAGCUCAUCAUCAGGCCCUUGACCUCUCUGAGGAGCUCCCACCAAACCACCACCAUCAACAGGUUCAUCUCCAGCACAGUGGUUCCACAGCCUCCACAUCUGCAGCUGGGACUCCCAUCAGUGGCUCUGGGGUGGUGGUGCCUCCUCCAUAUUCUGCACCAGUGUCUGGAGGUGGUGAGGUUCCCCUUGAGCUGAGGGGCUCUCUGGACUGUUGGGCAUGUUCAGUACUUGUAACAGCCCAGAACCUGGUGAUAACCAUUAUUAACGUGUGCCUGGCUGCUCUGGUUUUUGGCCCGAUUCUCACUCCUGUCUUAGUUAUGGUGGUGUUUGGGUUUCUGUGCCACUCCACUGUGCGUCCACAUGGUACAUCACCCUACUGUUUGGACCUGCUGAGUGACGGAGGCUGUGUGGCUUUGUUAAUCAUUGGCUUCCUGCUCGUCACCCCACUGCUUGUUCUGGCAUUGGCUGCCUAUUGCAGAUUAGCUCGUCACCUGCAGCUCAGCCUCUGUUUCAUCCCUUACAGUCGCGCUGUCUACAAAAACCUGCCUGUCACAUACCACUACGGCCUGGGAGGAGGCUGCUGUAUACAAGACGCAGGUCAAGACAGAAAGAAGGGAAAAGUUUGGGUAUGAUGGUGGAAUUUGAUGGGUCUCAACCAAUUUGCCAUUUGCAGUAUGUUUAAUUAAAAUACUACAACUCUUACAAAUGAUAGCCAAUUCAUAGCCAUACGAGGUCCUUGAAACAUGUAAAAUAUUUUUAUUAACAAAUUCUGUCAAAAGUGAACCAAAUUCUCAACUAUUUAGUAUGUGUUUGCUACAUGUCUCAAAAUGGAGGAAAAGGGGAAACAAAAAAGGUAAACAAACAGGGUCAAGAAGAAGAGGGUUUUUUUCUUAUGUAUUUUCAAAUCACCAUCACAGAUACCUUAUCUUAUAUAACCAAGAUCGCAUAUUUUCUGUUUUGUAUAAAUACUCCAUGUAUAGCAGCACUGUUAUAUAAAC